AUGGCGCCCGCUUCUACAAUCAUCGCCAAGCUCAAGGUGCAGCUGAAGCUCUCCAUCGCCCGUCUACGCAUGGUCCAACAGAAAGACGAAGCCGUAUCCAAGCAACAGCGCCGCGCCAUGGCUCAGCUUCUCGAGGCCGGCAAGAUCGAGUCGGCCAAGAUCCGCGUCGAGAAUAUCAUCCGCUCCGACAUCACCACCGAGCUCCACGAGAUCCUCGAGCUCUACUGCGAACUGCUGCUUGCGCGGACGGGUCUCAUGGAAGAGAGGACCUGCGACCCAGGACUAGAGGAGGCCGUCAAGAGCCUGAUAUACGCCGCCCCGCGCACCGAUGUGAAGGAGCUGCAGCAGGUGCGGAACCUGCUGGUGGAGAAGUACGGGAAGGAAUUUGCGCUGGAGGCCCUCGAGAACAGCGAUGCCAAGGUUAGCGAGAAGGUGCUGAAGAAGCUUGCCGUCACGCCGCCGCCGCCGGAGCUGGUCACCGGCUACCUAGAGGAGAUCGCGCGGACGUAUGGGGUGGAUUGGCCCAAGAGGCCCAAGGCGGAGUUGGGAGAGCCGCCUGGCUAUGCGGAUGAUGAUGAUGAUGAUGAUGAUGAUGAUGAUGAUGAGAGUCCGAGUGGAGGACAGGCGCACAAGAACAUGGAGGCGCCAAUCGGAGUUGAGGGCGCGAAGGGGGUCGAAGAGCGAGAGGAGUUGAGCAAAGCUACGCCGCCGAGGAGUUUUGGACCGCAGAGCCCGCUGAGGGUUAAUCCGCCCAGUCCAAGUACGGAUAAUCUACAUCCUAGGGUCAAGGGGACUUUGGAUUUGAAGCCCACGAAGAAGAUGCAGGAUGUCGGGACGGGAAAGGGGACACAGAUUAAGGAGCCUAUUGGUGGAACCAUACCCGAUGUCGAUGAGUUGGCCCAGAGAUUUGCGGCCUUGAAGAAGUAG